GUUUCAAAAUGUGUGAACGAAUAAAAGAGGCACAGUUUUCUUGCUUAAAGAAGAACAAUCUUAUUUAUGUGGAAACGGAGGUGGCGUACGUGUUUGCGUGACUGUAAAUUUAUCAGGUGAUACAACUGCUGGCAACUGACAUUCAGUGAGCUAACGAUCCAUAACCAAAGAUCGUACCACUACCAGCGCCGCAAAGGGCCUUCGGCGCAAUAUCUUUGUCCAUAACAUCAGUGGAAGGGUUUUACGGAGCGAGAUGUUUGGCUGCGCGAUUCAACUUCAAGUGAACCUUGAUCCUUUGACAAUCACAUUCGUGACAAUGCAGUCUAGACAGUGUGAUAAAGUGCAUCAGUGUGUUUGUGGUACCAGUUCCACACGAGCUUACAAGCCAGAAAUUAUUCCCGUUAAUUAGCCAGACCCAUCCACACUGACAAGUUCUUGGUGAGUACAUAUGCAUAUCUGAGAAAGAAGAAAUCACGCUGGAAAUUUGAAAAUGGGGAAUAAAUUGGAGCACCCUGAUGUGGAGCUUCCCCCAGAGAAACUGGUGAUGGUGACUGGCGGAAACACCGGGCUGGGAUAUGAAACUGCCAGGUCCAUUGCAGAGAAAGGAGCCAGGGUGUGCAUAGCCUGUCGCUCAGAGGACAAGGCUAAAGAUGCAAUUGAGCGAAUGCAAAAGGAACACAAGAAUGAAGUGCUGAAGAGUCGAAGUGUUCGGGCAUCUGGCCAGCACUCCUCCACCGCCGAAGAAGCCGAGGUCAAACCGCUGAAUGUUGAAUACAUCAAGUUGGACCUGUCCUCGCUACAGUCCACCAUGGACUUCAUUCGGGAGACCAAGCAGAGGAUGCAGUCGCUGAACGUCCUGGUGUGUAACGCCGGCAUCGCCUUUGUCCAACAAGGAUACACAGAAGAUAAUUAUGAGCUUCACUUCCAAGUGAACUAUCUAUCGCAUUUCCUGAUUGCACUGCAUCUCAUGCCCCUGCUGCGUGCUGGUGCUCCCGACUCCCGCAUUGUGUUCCUGUCAUCAGUCGCACACAGCAGUGGGAAACUAGACCUGGAUAACAUGCAGUGCCGCAAAUCCUACAGUCGGUAUGGAGCCUAUGCAUCUUCCAAGGCCUACGUGGUCAUGGCUGCAUGCCUACUUGCUCGGAGGCUGAAGGGUACUGGUGUGAGCACUUUUGCAGUUGAUCCUGGAGUGGUCAACACAGAUAUCCAACGUAACUUCAGUGACUGGAGACUGCUGAGCUUUUUUAUGGGGGCUUACAGUAAAAUGGGCAUGAUGCGUACACCAAAGAAGGGGGCAGCGACUAGUGUUGUGGCCUGCAUCCAGCCAAGCCUUUCUGGCAGAACUGCAGUGUUCAUGAAAAACUGUCAACCUGCUAAUCCAGCAAGCUUCUGUCGUGAUGAGGCAAAUCAGGAGAAGCUUUGGAAUUACACUCUUGGAUGUCUCAGUCAGUUCAUCAAUGAUGAUGCCCUCAAAGAAGCCUUCCCGUUUGCCGAGCCAGAUUUGCUAGUCAUUCCCAAGAACACGGAGACAGUCGAAGAGCAGAUUGCAGAUGAGUUGGGGAAACAAGAAGGGAGCCCAGAUGGCAAGGAGGGAUGUCAGCCCAGAGGAGGUGAGGCAUCUUUUGCGAGCAAAAAGGAAGAGACAGAGCCUGAGAAGGAACACCCAUCUGAAGCUGCAGAGGUAGCCUCAGAAACCGUCCAGAUAACACAAGAAGCGAAUGGAUAUAGUUCAGGAGAAAAGAUGCGUGGCGAUGCACCCGAAGAUGAGGAAAAGCCCACCAGAUGCGAGGUAGCGGGAGAGGAGCGAUCCGAGAAAGAACCCUCGUCUGAAGGUGCAGAGAAAACCUCUGAAACCAUCCACAUAAUGCAAGAAGGGAAUGGAGAUGCUUCAGGGGUAAAGAUGCAGGGAGAUGCACCUGAAGAUAAGGAAAAAGAGUAGGAGGCAUCUUGAAAAGGAAGAUGAGAGGAACUGGGCAAGGAUAAGUCGGGUUACAAUUGAUAAUUUAGUAAAAGCCUCCAAGAGGAAAGCUCUCUUCAGGCCUGCAACUUUUCCUCGGAUCAGCUGAUUGCCUCGUUUUUCACUUCACACUCAUACCAAUGAAAAAUUGUAAAACACGGAACAAAGUCUUGUAAAGAUUGGAAUCUCCUCAUUUUUGUUAAAGUCCAAAAGUUGCAUGCCUGUCUCUUGGAAAGAAACUCAUUGAUUUCUUAAACUAGUAUUUAACUAUCUGACUAGAUUCUACGAAUUGUAUCUCAAUUAAUCACUUGCUGCCGGGUAGAUUUUUCUUGAGCAAGAUAAGAUGCCGGGUCCUUUUCAAGAUUUUCCGUUUUCAAAAU